GGCAAUUUGUAGUGCGUGGUUUUUUUACUUUGUCGAUACGCACGAUUUUAUUUGGCUAAAGUUAACUGCACUCUGUGGAAAAAUCAUUCUUCUUCCAUAACAAAAUGUGACUUUUUCCCGUGAGGAAUUUCAUGCAAGUUGGGAAAACAUGUGUGCUGAAGUUGACGAUUGUGUUCGUUAACCAGUGAAGUGAAUUUCAAUCUUAUUUGUAUAUGCACCAACUUCUGAUCUUGCGACUAUAACACCUCUGGACGUCGCGUCAUCAUAUUGUGAAGUGAAAUAUCUGGAAAAAUGAAAGUGUUUCAGUGCCUAUCAAUUGCAUUGUGAAUUAUGAGUAACUGUUAUAAUAUUCGGACUGAACUCUUCACUCUAUCGCAAAAAUUCGAUGAACUGCUAUCCUAAUUUGGAACAGAUCUUGGAUAAACCACAUGUUGGAAUUUACCCUGAAUUUUUGUCGAGUUUCCUAUGAAGAACCUAGUCCUCAUAAACCAUCAUCUGGGAGGCUGCUAUGUCAGCUUCAGUUACGCCAAGUGCUCAGCUUGAAAACUCUUUGUCACUCAGGAGCGCGCAGCUUGGAUGCCGUGUAUCUUGAUCAGUCAUGCCACGCACGCAUUUUAGAGGAGCCAUUGUGAGGAAAAAGAAAAAACCUUCGGACAACCUCGUGGUCACCCUGAAGCUGCCGAUGUGAUUCUGGAACCUACUGCGUCAAUCUUCAAAGUCAUUUUCAGUGCAAACAAACAAUAAUUCUUCCCUGUCGAGGAGCGGACAGAAAAGUUACCUCGAAUGAUUUAACACCAUCAAGGCAGUCGUUUCUGUGACAAGCGAGUCCUGUCGAUGGUAAUUAUAGAGGUCCAUGACUAGCUGCCACACGCAUCAUUUUUCAAGAGGAAGAACGCGACUGCAGGAUACCAUGCACUGCUAUGAUCAAAUAUUGAUAUUUCCCAUGGGGAUUAAUGGUUCUGUGCUUGUUCAGUAAACUGGUGAUGGAAUUGUGGCUGUCGAUUCUUGUGUCUAAGAUGAUAAAGGAAACGGCUUGUAAGAUUAAGUGAAUCCAUUUUGAAAUAAUGGUUUGGUAUUGAUAACACAAAUUUGUGCUGCGUCUUUGAAUGACUUCCUACUGUGUAAGCUUAAAAUCUGGAAGUGAAGCAUAUUAAAUAGCUUAAAUAUAUAUUUUUAACUACAUACAUAUCACUUUUAUGACUAAUAACAUAUCUCUUUGGGUGAUACUUUUCUUCGUUACUUUAGGGUAGUAAGUUAAUAUAAAACUUGCCAUCCCUGCAUAUCCAAAGCUCCUGAACCCCAUCUCUGGCUGCAACGCUGAGGACAGUCCAUCCAUUGAAGUUCUUUAACGAAACUCAAUGAACAAACGUCGUGUAAUUGGAAGAUGCUGAAACCUCAGAAAGUUCGUCAUGUACAAAUAAUCAUGGUUGCAUUGUGAGUGCAAUACUGGGAGCAUGAACUCGAGAUGAGUCGUCGGAACAAAGCUUCAUUGAUGAUGUUGAAGACUCGAAGAUUACUUGCUCCAAGUUUGCGGACCGGAGGUUGCGUGGAACGUUUUACAGAAACAUGAAUGGAUGAGUGAGCAUACAAUUAAAAAAACUGCGGAUACCUGAACUACUUUCUUUGUGAUAGUUGUUACUCAUAUUGAAGAGGUUAUCACGUAAUAAUAAUAAUAUUCGUCGCCAAGAAACUCGGUAGUGAAGUGUGAUCGCAACACGAGGCGAACAUAGUUCAUCCCUGGGUCAUCGUCAGUUGCCAUGGCCGGAUCACCGGUGAUCGCGCUGGUGUGCGGUGCCAUCACCAGCUUCCUGAUGAUCCUGGCGCUGUCAUCGAGCGACUGGUUGCUGGCGAUGGGGUGGCGCCAGGGGCUGUUCGAGCACUGCAUCGAGAAGGGGGCACCCACCCCCCUGCCUUUCAAGGUCGAGGCCGAUUAUGGCUGCUACCCUGCAAGAAAUGAACCGUACAUCAUGGGGGCGGCGGGGCUGUGCGUGAUCUGCCUGCUGCUGUCCUGCCUCGCGACGAUCCUCACAGGUCUCGGCCUCCACGCCACCGACACCAGCGCCAAGACCCGCUACUACCGCGCCGCUGUCUGGGUCAUGACCCUUGCCUUGGUUGCGGUGCUGGUGGCGCUCAUCCUCUACCCCGUCUUCUUCGCUCAGGAACUCGAACUCGGUAACCGCGAAGUGUGGGAGUUUGGCUGGGCGUACGGCGUAGGCUGGGGCGCUGCCAUCUUCCUGUUCGGGGGCGUGGUGCUGCUGCUGUGCGACCAGGAGGAGGAGGAGAUCUACUACAAGGAGAGGACCAUCAUACAUGCCGAGAACGACUCCAGGGCAUAACUACGCCGUCUGCUACCUCCGGGACUUGCUGAUACAGCAGCCCUGCACUACCGUCUCAGCGUCGUUGCGUGCUGCUGACUGAUCUCUUGCCCACCAUUCUAAACAGACGAGGAAUAAUCCACAUCUACUUGAGCAUUAGGUUCAACAUAAAAUGGUACAAGUUUGAUUCUAUCCUCGUUUGAUUCGUAAGCAUUUAUCUCGUAUACAUCCCCUCUCUCUACCUUGUAUUGAAUCAACGUGUACAAAGUUCUAUCUUUUAUGACCCCUUCACGCUUUUCGGUCACUCGACGGGGAAGCGGUGUCGGUUUUACCGCUAUCCUAAAUUGUUUAUUUAUUUUGAUAAUUGACGUCAAGGAAUUUUUUUAAGUUUUGCAUACUGCAAUGUCCUAUUAUUUUGUAAGAUUACAUCCAACGCUUGGCCGGCUUCAGUUUGAAAAUGGACAUCAGGACGAGUUUGGCUACAGUUCAAAAAUUUUUCCUGACGACGAACUCGCUAGGAAUGUGCCAAGCAUUUUCUUGUUGCCACUCUAUUGUCUGCAACCACAUGAAGUUCGCAAUGUAAUUUCUGGUUACGUCUACACGUUAGAGAACUAAUUAUUAUAUUCGUUUGCUUACAUCUACUCAAAUGUAACACAGAAUCUCCCCUACGACGAUGAAAUCAAAACUAACUACACUAGCUCUGAAUUUACCGAAAUCUGAAAGUCUUUCAGUGCUGAUUUCUCGUCCAAGAAUCUCGUAGUGUUUUAAAUUUAUGUUGCACGGCGAUCGUGAGCUUCUUCGUUCUUUUUCGACGAACUUCAUGCGUUUUUAUCGCUGAAACAUAGUUACUUGGUUUCAGCUCGAGGCUAUUGUGUUAUACAAGAAAGGAAACAAGUCUGGUAUACGCUUGUGCCAGCUGUUGUGUGCUGUUCUGCUGGUGUUCUUGUGUUCUUUAUGUCGAGACUAUCAAUUAUGGUGCUAUGCUUCACUUCAAAUGGCCCUGAACAAUCCUAACCUCACUGUUACCGUCAUCACUUAAAAACUAUUUAUCGCUUCAGCUGAUCCUUUUUACGUGUAAGCUUCGUAUUUGUUUGUUAGUUGGCUGACUGGAUUUCGUGAUCGUAUUCUUCGACUGCACAAUCUAUAGUGAAAGGUAGCAAGCUCUUUCAAUUAAUGGUAAACAAUUUAAUUCUUUCAAUUAAUCUGUACCUGUUAUCCAACUGGAUUUGAUUUGUUCAUAAUAGUGACUAGGUUAGCUCAGUUGAAGUUCAAUAGAACAUAAAAUUGUCAUCAGUUUGUACAGUUUUGACAUAUCAAAGAGUUAGUACGCACGUUAUCUGUUGAUCACGCCACGCUCCUGAGGCUCGACUCUCUCGUCUGGAGAACUAACUGCUCCUGCGACGCUUCCUCAUGAAACUCCACUGCUGCUGCUGCUAUUAUUAUGUAAGAGAAGAUAUUAUUAGAUAAUAUUAUCGUGCUUGUAAAGUUGAUCUUUAUUGUUACUUGACGAUUGGUUGCAUUAUGUAAAUAUAGCUUAUUAGGUAAUGGGCCGAGCGAUGGCCAGUGGACAUGGUACAGCUAUGCCUUCUUCAGGUCACCGUAGUGACUGUAAAUAUAUUGUGUGUUGAUGAGUUACUUCGAGCUGCUAUGUGUGGUCCAGCCGAUGGAGUGGAGGCGGUUAAGGCUCUGAAAUUACAAGCCAACUCGACGCUCCGACUUGUUUUGAGGAGUUUAAAUAGACGAUUUGAUGUUACCAUAAUAUGAGGGUUUUGAACCUUCACAUGUUUCCUGAUCACAAGUUUCAUUUCCAUGCCAAUUCAUGUCCAGAGGUUGAUUGCAUACGGAAUCGCGUGAAAUAAUGCAGUUAGCAUUGCUUCCUAAUCUUGUGUCAUUAGUGAAAAAAUUUCCCCAAUGCUUUGUUUACAAGCCGCCUCAUUUAUUGGUUGUUGAUUCGCUCUAUUGAAAAUUAGUGAUGUUAAUAACCCUCGUAGAAACAUGUUUCAUGUGCCGGAAAAUUUAUCUAGCCCGCGAAUUUUUUAGUGAAUUUUCUCUGAUCUGUCGAUGCUGGAAAUUUGUUAAUGACUUUAAUUUAAGACGCAGCUACUUGAACGUCGGAACUCACUCUUUGAGCUUGAUGAAGAAUUAUCUGCAUGAGAAACUGUAUAAAUGUGUUUAUCAUGUAGCAUCAAUGGAGUGGCACGUAUGGCUGUUGGUGAUGUCGUGGCGUACUGAUUUUAUUGGCCCGCUUGCGGGGACCGGUGUGGCAGUGACUUCAAUGACAAUUAUUCACGAUAACUGGUCUAGCAAUAGAGCCUCCUUAUUGCAUUGGGUCUGUUUGAAGAGCCACUCCUCUCGUUUUUUUCAUGGAUGGAUAUUGUCAAUUGCAGGGACUUUCUUCUCUGAAAAGCGCAUCUCUUGUCACAUUCCGCCCUGUCCUCUACACAUUAAGAAUCUGACAACCCGACCUCAAUAUUACUUCCUGAUAUUUGAAGAAUCUGUAAUAGAAUGGUGCGAGUUAUCCCAGCCACGGUUAUGAUGGCACCCACCACUUAUUCCAUGAAUUAAUAUGCAUGCCUUUGUUGUAUACUUUUUAAAGGUAAUCAUGUUUAUGAAUAUAACGAAGUUUAACUGCUGACAUAUAUCAACAAUUUUACUUUUCAUUGACGUUUCAUUUUUAUUGAUGGCUUGUGCGUUUGAACAGAGUAAGGCGAUCUUUAUAAUUGUGAACCAUCUUCAAUGAUGAACCCAAGUACCGAGUCUGUGCUUCGCAAGUCGCCUUGUGGUUGUGAAAUUCGCCGUAAGGCUUCGCGUGUCUGCUAGCAAGAAUUAUUCUCAGCUUCCACUUGCGCUCGUAGUUGUGGCUUGUAAAUUUGAGUGUCGCGCUGGAGAGACUAAACUCGGUUAUGUCGAUGGUAUUAUGCAGCUGUACUAGUCACCAUUUAGCGCAGGUAUUUAUUUACUAUUAAGAGGCAAUGCACGCCCAGCAGGAGUUACUUUUCAUCCUUUCUAAACUAAGCAUUCGAUAUUAAUUUCCAUGACGCAGGUAAGAGACUAUUAAGAAUUGUCCGUUAUUAACGCAUCACUUAUGCUUCUAAUACAUAUUGUUAAUAAUAUUUCCUAAGUUUUUAACGACCCUGUGUCAAAAUGUGGGUUCGACACUUUACUAGCAAUUGAAGACUAUGCUUUAUCUGAACAGGUUGACAGGUUGAAAUACUGAGAGUUUUCAGCUAUAUUUACAACGUUUCACUCGUGUGUAUCUGCAUGAAGAUGCUAACCUAGUUUCACACAUUUAUUGUAGGAGUCGGGACUAGUAGCUACAGUAGAGAACUCAAUGUUCAUAAUUCUACUGCCAGGAAAACAAAUAUACUUUCUUUCUUGAAUGCCUCUAAUUGCUAUGAAAUUUCGCCAUUGAUUUUUCAUUACAUUGAAUACACUAA